AUGGCUCUUGCAACGUGUAGCAAACAGUGUAUUCCAAGUGUACGGUUUGUUCUUUUGAAAGAAUUGGAUGAAAAUGGAUUUCACUUUUUCACUAAUUAUAAUAGCAGAAAAGCUCAAGAGCUUGAUAGUAAUCCAAAUGCAAGUCUUGUUUUUUAUUGGGAACCUCUUAAACGUCAGGUACGUGUGGAAGGCGUUGUUUCACGUGCUUCAGAGGUAGAGAAUGAAGAAUAUUUUCAGUCCCGCCCGAAGGCUAGUCAAAUUUCUGCUACAGUUAGUUCACAAAGUGAACCAAUUCCUUGUCGUGAAUUUCUGGACAAAAAGUACGUAGAAUUAGAAAAUGAAUAUGCUGCGAGAGAAAAGCUUCCAAAGCCUUCAAAUUGGGGAGGAUAUAUUCUGUCUCCGAAAUCAAUUGAGUUUUGGCAAGGUCAAACAAACAGACUGCAUGAUCGUAUUAGAUUUCGUCGUUGUGAUCAAAUUCCAGAAAUAAAUGGAUCUGACCUAGUACAUGUUGGAGAAAAUGGUUGGGUAUACGAACGACUAGCUCCAUAG